AUGGCCGUCACUGUGAAUGUUAUAGGAAUCAUUUCCGGACAAUUUAUUCUGUGGUUAGCGUUCGUUUGUACCAUGGCUAAUUUAGCCUUUCAAGCCCUACCCGAACCUACGACCAAUUCAAGCAUUCCAACGCUCGCGGCGACUAUUGAAGGAAACAUUAUCAUCGGAGGUCUUUUCCCGGUUCAUGACAAAGGAGAAAAGGGAUGCGGGUUAAUCAGCGCCGAUCGCGGCAUUGAACGUUUAGAAGCAUUUCUGUUUACCGUUGAUGAAAUCAACAAUAACUACGACAUCCUUCCAGGUAUCAAGCUCGGUGCUUCAGCCUUUGAUACCUGUGGGCGUGCUCCGUACGCCUUGGAACAGUCUUUGGAGUUCAUUCGUGCCUCCAUAACGUCCUUGGAUUCAACAGAGUUUUACUGCAGUGAUGGAUCUAAAGCCACUGCUAAGCAACUUCCAACAGCAGUUGCGGGAGUUGUAGGCGGAUCUUACAGCACCGUGUCUAUUCAGGUUGCAAAUCUGCUAAGACUUUUUAAAGUUCCUCAGAUAAGCUACGCCUCUACUUCAGCCGCUUUAAGUGAUAAGACUCGGUACGAUUACUUCGUUCGAACUGUUCCUCCUGACACGUUACAGGCAAAGGCACUGGUGGACAUUGUUCAAGAGUUCAACUGGACAUACGUAUCUGUUGUCCAUUCCGAAGGUGAGUAUGGCGAGUCAGGUACGGAUUUCUUUAAACGCGAGGCCAGAUCCAGAAACAUCUGCAUCGCUGCGGACAUCAAGAUUGUUAUAACGGCUACAAACGCAACUUACGACCAGGUUAUAGUAGAUCUGCAAGAGAAACCCGAAGCACCAGUUGUGAUCGUUUUCGUACGGAUUGAAGAUGCUACAGGCUUACUAAACGCUGCAUCCAGAAAAAACCUCACAGGGAAGUUCGUCUGGGUAGCAAGUGAUGCUUGGGGCAACAGAUUAACCCCUGUUAAGAAUAACCCUCUUGCAGCGCAAGGAGCAAUAACUUUAGAGCUUCAGUCCACACUUAUUUCUAAAUUCGAAGACUAUUUCUUAAACCUGAACCCUCGAACUAACAAACGCAACCCAUGGUUUAUAGAAUACUGGGAAGAAGUGCACAAAUGUACUUGGAACGAAGUUACUGACUACGCCGGAGAACCAGUGUCCAAGGAUUCCAAACCUUGCCAGGGAGACGAAAAGCUAAGCCGCAAACCGUCGGCACAGGAGAGCAAAGUUCAGUUUAUCUAUGAUGCAGUUUAUGCUUUCGCCCAUGCCUUGGAUAACAUGCAUAAAGAUCUGUGUCCAGGUAUGAGUGGCAUAUGUCAGAGCAUGGAGAAGAUUGACGGCGAGAAACUGCUUAAGGAAUACCUUCUCAACGUUUCUUUUGAUGAUGGAUACGGAGCCAUGGUGAGGUUUGACGAAAAAGGUGACGCCCCUGGACGAUACAUGAUCAUGAACUACCAGAGAAACCGCACUACAAGAGAGUAUGAAUACCACACUGUCGGCCUCUGGAACAGCGGUCUCUCCAUCCCCAGAUCCCGGUGCAGUGAGCCAUGCAAAGAAGGCGAAAUUAAAAACAUGCAACGAGGUGAGCAGUGCUGUUGGAUCUGCACCAGAUGCAACCCAUGGGAGUAUAUUAAAGACGAGAAGACAUGUGAGUCGUGCGCCGAGGGAUUGUGGCCAUAUCCCAACAAGACCGGCUGCUUUGCAUUGGAGGUCCAGUUAAUGCACUGGACAAGCAUCCAUGCCAUCAUCCCCAUGGCUUUGGCGACGUUGGGAAUCAUGUGCACUUGUUUUGUUAUUUCUUUGUUUAUCAUGUUCAAUAAUACACCGGUUGUGAUGGCUUCUGGUCGAGAACUCUCCUACAUGUUGCUUUCUGGUUGUGUUCUUUGCUAUUUUAUGACAUUCAUCUUGAUUGCUCCGCCCACAACAGCCGUGUGUGCUGUUCAGCGAUUUGGAGUCGGUUUCGGAUUCAGCAUCAUUUACUCUGCAUUGCUUAUAAAGACAAACAGGAUAUCCAGAAUAUUCGAAAGCGCCCGUCGAUCGGCAAAACGACCUCCCUUUAUCAGUCCGAAGUCGCAGAUAAUCAUGACUUGUAUUCUAAUUGCCAUUCAG